UAAUUCAGUAUAUUAUCUAUGUGUCAGUUUAUAUCGUUCCAUUGUUAUUUGUUAAAUAUAAAAUAUGACUAAAGGUAGGUCGUACUGUCGUAGGUAGUAGAAUAACAACCACGUUGACUGGGAUGGAUCAGUUGGUGUAUAUCGCUUGUUUAUUGAUGACGAUAUUUCAAUCUAUCGAUCUCUCCUUAAAUAUCAAACGGUAUGACAUCUGUAGGCCAUUCAAUAAAAAAACAGUUUAUACUGCGAUUGGAUCUCGAGGAAUUGUAUUUGCCAAAAACGACAUCUAUCGCCCAAAAUUGAAUGAAAGUUUUUACAAACAAUGUUCUCUGCGCAUUAUCGCAUGUCCGUCGUGUAUGAUCAACUUACGUUUUAAAGACGUGAACUUGUCGUGUACUGCAGAUAAUAAUUCGAGUGAAACGGAUCUUGUUUGUAAUUCCAUAUGCAUCUUCGAACCACCAUAUUCGGCACGGUCUCUAAAAUGUGUCAAUGGCACUGUGAAGAAUUCGUCUAUUCAUUACAAGUCUUUAACCAGUCAAGUAAAUUUAAAUUUUAUCAACGGACAUCCGUAUCAUAACCACGCAUUUACAGCUGAGUACUUGAUUACCAGAAAUAUUCAGUUAGUGGAAAUAAAACCAGAAUUCAACUCUGCAAAUAUUUUAUUCGGUGGAUACAUCAGUACUCCGUUCUUUCCGAUGUCUUAUCCAGAUGAUUUGACAUUUGAACAGGUGAUCAAUUGUAAGGCAUACACCGAUGAGUGUCUGAUACAUUUAAUUUUCGUGGAUUUUCAAAUUUCCGAAGAAUCAAUUGUUGAGUUUUACGAUUCAAAUCGAAAGAGAUUGGGAAUAAUUGGAGGUAUAACAUUUAGACCACCAGUGAUUAUAUCUUCUGGGCCAAUGUUGUAUAUUAAAUUCUUUGCUAAUGCUGGAUCUUCAAUUGGGUACAAGGCACAAUACUCCUACGUUAGAGGAAACGUCAAAAGUUCUGUUUUAAAACCAAAUACGAAUUGUGGUGGAUUCGUGGAAAAUAAAGGUGGGGCUAUUACAAUGAUGCAAAUGGUGGAAGAGUACGAACCAGAUGUGCAGUUUGAUUGUAUUUGGUUAUUUCGAAUAUCGCACAAACUUUAUAAUUUGAAGUCACAACAUUUUUACAUGAAAGUCAUAACGUUGAAACAUCUAGUUGAGAGCAAUUUGGUCAUCCGAGAAGGGCGCACUUCCAACGGACGUUUAUUGCAAUGGUUUAACGGAUCUCGUCGCACAGAAUUAGACGUGGCUAUCGAAGUUGGCUAUUAUGUCAGAUUGACGGGAACGUUCAAUUCCAGUUCUCGGCUAGAAAUCGCCUACACAGCCUUUGCUCAAUCUAGGGCAUGCAGUAUGGCAAACGAAUUUACGUGCACGAAUGGACGCUGCAUACCCAGCAGAUUGGAAUGUGAUGGUUUUGACCAUUGUGGAGACAACAGCGACGAAUCCCCCCAUUGUUUCGAAGCCCACGACACUCAAUCGGAUUAUAUGGACAAGAGUUGGUAUGCAUACAAGUCAAACUAUUAUUUUCCAAACAACACUUUAUAUUCAAAACGUUAUCACAUACUUUUGGGAUGUUUUAUAGGAUUCAUAAUAUUCUUCAUAAUAGUUCUAAUGGUAGUCUAUAGAAUUGCCACAUGUUACCACAUUCAAACAGAUUUUCAAAAUCGGCUUAUAUCCAUCAGUCAACUACUUUUGGAAGGAAUUCAACUAGAUGACAACAGUCUGACUUCAGAAAUAGGAAGGGUGAAUUCAAAUUAUUUAAUUGACGAACCACCUGCAUAUGAACCACCACCAGAUUACGAGGCCCCUCCAAAUUAUGAAGAAGCAAUAAAAAUGUACAGGAACUCAAUGAAAAAUAAACAUAACAAUCUAAAAACAGACCGAAUGGACUUGGAAUCAAAUGAUAACAGUCAGUUAUUACAUGUUAACAAUAAUCAAACGUCAUCAAAUAAACAUUUGACAGAAAAUAAUAAUUUGUUUUCUCAUUGUUUAUGUUGUAGUCAAGGGAGUUAUCAUAUUCUAGCAUUAGACAUUAACAGUAUGAAUAGAUGUUGUUUGAAUAAAAUCUAUUCAUUAAGGACAUUAACAAUAAAUAAUCAGUAUUAAGUAAUUAUGUUUUGACUAUAAUUAGUCUUUAUUAUAUUUUACAAUGAUAAAAUCAAUAAGAAAAAAAAUCACAAAAUAUAAAUAUCAUACAAUAUAA